GCAGGGCCAGCGGGCCGGCGGGCAGCAUGACGGCGUGCACCUUCUCGCUCCUGCUGCUGUGCGGCAUGGCCUUGGGGCCCCUGGCCGAGGCGGCUCUCUUCGUGGACACGCGUCCGGAGCUGUGGGCAGAGCCGGGCUCUCUGCAGGAGCCCUGGGCGCAGCUGGAGCUGCUGUGCCGGGCCCGCGAGCCGAGCGGGUCCUUCCAGCUCUUCAAGGACGGCUCGGCCCAGGAGCCCGUGCGCCUCGACGUGCCCGCCCUGGAGCGUCGCUUCCCGCUGGGCGCCGUGACCGCGGCCACCCGCGGCCUCUACCGCUGCCGCUGCCGCCUGAGCGACCACUGGAGCGAGCUCAGCGACCUGGUGGAGGUGUCCGGGCCGGGGUCGCUGCCGCCGCCGUCGCUGGAGGCCACCCCGGUGCCCUGGACCACGCCGGGCCUGCAGGUCAGCCUCCGGUGCCGCGCCGCGUUCCGCGGGGUGACGUUCCAGCUGCGCCGAGAAGGCGACGCCGCCCCGCAGGCCGCGCAGAAGCCGGACGGGCGCGAGGCCGUGUUCCCGGGGGCGCAGGCGGGCAACUACAGCUGCAGCUACCGCACGCACGCGGCGGGCGCGCCCUCCGCGCCCAGCGCCACGGUGCUCGUCCGCGAGCUGGCGAAGCCGCCCGCGCCGACGCUGAGCCUGGGGUGGCAGGAAAGCGCGCUCCGGCGGCCCGGCGAGGCCACGACCCUCGUGUGCGCGGCGCCCCUGGACGCCGGCGUGGACUUCCAGCUGCGGCGGGGCGACGAGGAGCUGCGCCUGCCGAUGAGCAGCACCGCCCCGGACCGCGUGUUCCUGCGCCUCGCGGACCUGGCGCCCAGCGCGGGCGGCGCCUACACCUGCCGCUACCGGCUGCGGGAGGCGCAGGGCUGGUCCGAGGACAGCGAGGCCCAGGAGCUGCGGCUCAACGACGAGACUCUCCCCGCGCCCGAGCUGUUGGCAGAGCCAGCGACCUCCAGUCCCCAGCCUGGCACUCGGGUGCAGCUGCGGUGCCGGGCGCCCCGGGCGGGCCUGCGCUUCGCCUUGCUGUACCAGGAAGGCAACAGCCACACCCAGGUGCUGCGGUUCCUGAGCCCCGAGGGCUCCGAGGCCCUCUUCGAGCUGCGCGAAGUCUCGGUGGCCGACUCCGGCAACUACAGCUGCGUCUACCUGGACACCAAUGCGCCCUUCUCCGGGUCCAAGCCCAGCGCCCCUCUGGAGCUGCGAGUGGACGGACCGGCUCCCAAGCCACGGCUCUCUGCCCUGUGGACUGGCCCCGUGAGCCCAGGGCAUGAUGCUGUCCUACGCUGCGAGAGCCCAGUGGCCAAGGUCUACUUCCAGCUGCUGCGGGCAGGUGACGAGAAGCCUUUCCUACAACGCUGGUCUGAUCAACCCUCUCUGGACUUCAAGCUGUCCUACGUGGGGCCCCAGCAUGCCGGGAUCUACAGCUGCAAGUACAAGCCCAGGGGGCCCAGUCCGGUCCUGUCAGAACCUAGUGACCCAGUGGAGCUGAAGGUGGCAGUAAGCUGAUGCUGCUGCAGGCCCUGACGGUGGAUGUCCUCUUGGGAAGCACUUUCUCCACUCUGGUUCCGAUGUCCCACUGCUGGAGCUCAACUGAGGCUGGAUUUCCUGUGAAUGUGUGUGUGUGUGUGUGUGUGUGUGUGUGUGUGUGUGUGUUAAAGGUGCUUCCUUUUCGCUCCCAGAAUCAAUAAA